GUUACGAAUCCGUAGGUUUUUCGAACACGCACCCUGAGAGAAUUGGUUUCAUCCCCGUACCGUCGAGUGCUCGAUGAAAUUUCGGCGCAUAAAGUGGCUGGAAUUGAAAGUGGUGGUUCGGCAUCGAUAAACGCUGUGGUCGUGGUGACUUCCUUCGCGUUACGCGUAGGCGCAACGAACACGUCUCGGUUAUAUUUCGCGCCCAAACAUAUUACGCUAACGCAAGACAAACUUGUUGCAGAUUAAUGUCAGGCAUUGCGAUUGCUAGGCUCGCGGAAGAGCGUAAAGCAUGGAGGAAAGAUCAUCCUUUCGGAUUUGUGGCACGGCCGGUAAAAAAUCCAGAUGGUACUCUUAAUUUGAUGAGUUGGGAAUGUGCGAUACCGGGAAAGAAAUCCACACCAUGGGAAGGUGGGUUAUACAAGUUGCGUAUGAUUUUCAAGGAUGAUUAUCCUUCCAGCCCACCGAAAUGUAAAUUCGAACCUCCCUUGUUCCAUCCCAAUGUCUACCCUUCAGGAACAGUGUGUUUGUCACUUCUGGACGAAGAAAAAGAUUGGAGGCCUGCAAUUACUAUAAAGCAGAUCCUACUUGGUAUACAAGAUUUGUUGAACGAACCUAACGUGAAAGAUCCUGCUCAAGCAGAAGCUUAUACAAUAUACUGUCAGAAUCGUUUGGAGUAUGAAAAGCGUGUCAGGGCCCAAGCUAGGGCAAUGGCACCGCAGGAAUAAAUGCAAAGUCCUAUGGAUUCAAAUAUUCCAAUUAUAUAACGAAGUUAAUGUAUAUCUAUAGUAUGUAUUCUAAUAAUAAUCUACAUUUCUUAUCUUUUUUAUAAGUGAAACUAGCAUAUGAUGUAUGUAGCUGUUAUCUGCAUUUUCGUUAUUUGCCGCAAAAUUCGUGUAUGCCCAUAGAAAAAUCCUGUUCUACUGAGAUGUAACAUUAACUAAGGUUGAUCAGAAAAAUGAAAUUCAAAAGAAAAUUGUAUCGUAUUAAAUUCGUACAAUAUAUCUUCACGAUUUGGUGUCGAGCAUUUCUUUUUACGUUAAACACUAAUUUAUAUGAGAAUUAGUAGCGCUUAGCGACGGUACGUUGUAUGAGGUGAAUUUGAAAUUGAUCGCGUGAAGAUAUAUGGAGUGUAGUUGCAGAACAUCCGUUUUCUCAACAAGUUUGUAAGCAGUUAGUAUCCUCGGGAAAGUGUAUUUAAAAAACUUUUAAGAGUUGUAAAAAUCGAAAAAAUAAAGUAUUCCAGUUCAUCUCAA